AUGGCACAGGAUCCAUCAGCAUCGCGCCCUGUCUCCAGACUGUCGAAGGAAAGCUCUCGGCAGCAAGGAACGACCGAAAGUCAUGUCUCGUCUCCUUUGAGUUCUGCGAAAGACCGAAGUAGGCCAGGAUCCCUUAACUUGAAUGAGAGUUCGCCUCUGCUUUCACCACAGCGGUCCCAGGAUGAGCGUGGACCCGAGGACCGCGGUACCUCUCCAGGACUAUUAGACUGGAACGAGGGGGAAGAGGAGCAAUCUAAGAGCACAUUUUACCUCAUCAUAUUGACCUUGGGCAUCGGAGGGCUACAAAUAGCGUGGGCGACGGAGCUGUCCAAUGGCUCUCCAUAUCUUCUUUCACUGGGCAUGAGCAAGUCUCUACUCGCUUUCGUAUGGAUUGCUGGGCCGCUCUCUGGUACUCUUGUUCAGCCGUACAUCGGGAUCCGAAGUGACAAUUGCCGGUCACCAUGGGGGAAGAGGGUACCGUUCAUGCUAGCAGGCGCAUUGGCUACGGCAAUUUCCCUUCUAUGCUUGGCCUGGACGAGGGAAAUCGUGCACGGAUUUCUCGGGCUUUUCGGCGCGAAUCCAGAAUCGCAUGGUGUCAAAGUCUGCUCAAUCAUCUUCGCAAUCAUCUUCGUAUACGUAUUAGAUUUUGCAAUCAAUACAGUUCAAGCGGGCGUCCGCGCCUUCAUAGUUGACUAUGCACCAACGCAUCAGCAGGAGGACGCCAAUUCGUGGGCUGGCCGAAUCACUGGCAUCGGCAACAUUCUAGGAUACAUCUCCGGCUACGUGAAUCUCCCAGAGAUUUUCCCCUGGCUAGGCAAUACACAAUUCAAGGUUCUCUGUGUCAUCGCCAGUGUCUCCCUCUGCGGCACGAUCGCGAUCACCUCUCUCUACAUCCGCGAACGCGAUCCUCGUUUUGAAGGCCCCCCUUCCGAGGCUAACCCUGGGAUCCUCAGCUUUUUCCGCCAAGUAUUCAACUCGAUACGUCGACUUCCCCCCAGAGUCGCAAAGUGUGCGAAGUGCAGUUUUUCAACUGGAUGGGCUGGUUCGGCUUUCUAUUCUACAUUACAACCUGGAUCGGUCAAUUGCAUGUCAACCCUUACUUCGCCUCACAUCCCGACCUCACACCAGCCGAAAUCGACAAAGCUUGGGAAGACGCCACGCGGGUUGGCACAUUCGCACUCUUGA